AUGAUGUGGCUGUUUGUAACCACUGCUUACUUAAUGUGUCCCAGUGUAAAGUCAAAUGCAAGCCCUGAGGUGUCCAUGGAUGUUGGUGAAAUUGUCCGCUACUACGAGUACCCCUACGAGGAGCAUGAAGUGGUGACAGAUGACGGCUAUUACCUCACCUUGCAGAGGAUUCCUCAUGGCAGACACAACCUGGGAAGCAUGAGCACCUCCCAUGAAGCAGAGGCACCCGGCUACAGCAUGUUCUGUCCCUCUCCAAAGCCCGCGGUCCUCCUGCAGCAUGGCCUGAUGUUGGAGGGAAGCAACUGGGUUACCAACUUCCCCAACAGCAGCCUGGGCUUCAUCCUCGCCGAUGCUGGCUACGAUGUCUGGAUUGGAAACAGCCGGGGGAAUAGCUGGUCACGAAAGCACAAAGUGUUUGAGUUUCACCACCAGGAAUACUCAGCUUACAGCUUUCAUGAGAUGGCCAUGUAUGACCUUCCAGCGAUGAUCAACUAUAUUCUGCAGAAAACUGGACAGGAGCAGUUAUACUACGUGGCUUACUCUCAAGGCACCACCACAGGUUUCAUUGCGUUUUCAUCCAUUCCUGAGCUGGAUCACAAAAUCAAGAUGUUUUUCGCCUUGGCUCCUGUCACCAUAAACUCAAAUAUGAAGUCACCCUUGGCAAGGGUGUUUGACCUUCCCGAGGGGCUGGUUAAGCUCAUUUUAGGACUCACGACGGUCUUCAAUAAGGGUGAGGUCUUGCAGCAAGUAAUUUCCAGGAUGUGCAGCUACCCGAUCUUUAAAAGCUUUUGCUCCUUGGCCCUUUACUUGCCUGGUGGGUUUACCAACAGCUUAAAUGUGAGCCGUGUGGAUGUCUACCUGUCCCGCUACCCUGAUACAACAUCCCUAAAAAACUUGUUACAUUGGCACCAGGUCUAUCAAACAGGAGAGUUCAAAUAUUAUGAUUAUGGCAGUGACAACAUACUUCAUUACAACCAGACCACACCUCCCUUCUAUGAGCUGGAAAAUAUGAAAGCCCCGCUUGCUGUAUGGUAUGGUGGCAGGGACUGGAUUUCAGUCCCCGAAGACGUAAACACGACACUGCUUCGAAUAACCAACGUGGCGUACAAAAAGUACAUUCCUGAAUUCGUCCACUUUGAUUUCCUUUGGAGUAUGCAAGCAUAUGAAAAAGUGUACAAAGAAAUUCUUGAACUGAUGAAGAAGGGCGCCUAG